AAUUAAAUCUAUAACAAAUCAAAUCCCCACAUCAUGUUCAACGCAGCAUUCAUGCUGCAGGCGGACAGCCAAUGCCAAAGAAGUUCCACAGGAUUCAGUUUUGGCAAUCGUGACCGUGACGGCAAACUUGCUCAACGAAAUGGACUUAUUCCCAUGCCGCCAGAGAUUACUAGAUGCUGUGUGGUGGGUGUAAAGUAUCGUGAUGGAAUCAUCAUUGCCACCGACAGAAAGACCACAAAUUAUAUGAAGACAUUAUAUCGCUUGCAGGAUAACAUUUACAUUGGUUGUUACGGGGUCUGUGGGGAUCUGCACCAAGUCGCGCGACUGGCUGCCGCCCAAAUGGAGCUGCACCGACUGCAAAUGCACUCGUCCAAGGUGCCUGUCGUCUGUGCCAAUCAAUUUGUCAAGCAUCUACUCUAUCGCUUUCACGGCCAGAUUCAGGUAAAUCUGCUCGUCGGCGGGGUGGACAGUGGGGGGCCCAGUCUAUAUUUCAGCCACUUCGAUGGCACCUCGGAUAAGAUUCCGUUCGCAGCGAAUGGACCUAGACAGUUGGAGUUGGCUGCCAUGGCUGUGCUGGAGAAAGGCUGGCACGCCAAUCUCGACGAGAAGCAGGCCGAGGCUCUGGCCAUCGAAGCGGUGAAAUCGGGCAUUAGAAACGAUUUGUUUUCCGACUCCCUCAUUAACGUCUGCGUCAUCCGCACCGAUUACUCGGUCCACCUGUACGACAAGAACCUCGCUGUGAAUGUUGUGCCCAAACAAUCCGUACUGCGAGAGACACUCACCGUACCCAAAGUGCUUUUCGCCAUGGAUCAUCCCUUGGUACCCGUGGCCAAAGGCUUGCACUCCGCUUCGCAGGACGCCGAUAAGUUCAUGGCUAAGGGCUCACGGACUGCACUGGCCCUAGAACGCCACAGGGCCAGGAAUAGUAAAGAAAUAAAUGAAAUUGAAGGUUAAAAAUGAUCUAGGAACAAUGUUUGUUAGUUAUGUUUUAAGUUUUUGUUCAACAUGAUAACCCAAAUAUCUAAUUAAA